AUGGCUACAUAUAUCGAGUGUGGAAGCAGCGUGGAGGGAAGGCAACCCACAUUCUUUGACAGUGCACCGUCCUUGAGAAUUCCGCACCAUGUCCUUUUUGGGGCCAACACGUCACUUGGUGCAACAAGCACGCCGACCAAAACCACUGGCGGCCUGUUUAGCUCACCGUUUGGAGCCACACCAGCUACUGGCCAGCCAGCACCCGCUUUCGGAACCCAGGCUACCUCGACACCGGGUUUUGGUUCCCAACCCGCUGCAUCUGCCUUUGGAUCAGGUUCUGCCUUUGGAGCUCCCGCUGCUACUCCGGCUUUUGGCGCCCCGGCAGCUGCUCCGGCUUUUGGAGCUGCCACAUCGACCCCUGCUUUUGGCGGUUCCGCCUUUGGCAGUGCUCCAGCCUUUGGAGCUGCGACAACUACAGCAGCGGGAACGGGACUUGGUGGAGGUGGCUUUGGUGGAUUUGGAGCAGCGCCGGCAACGAGUCAAGCGAGUCUGUUCGGUGCUCCAGCGACCAGUGCAGCGCCACCGGCUUUCAGUGGGUUCGGCCAACCGGCUGCGGCAAGCACAGCCCCUGCAAGUGGAUUUGCAGGCUUUGGGGCAACUACUACGUCGGCGCCUGCUUUUGGAGGCUUCGGAACCAACCAGACCACUGGCUUUGGGGGCGGAGCGUUCGGAUCAACCUUUGGAAAGCCAGCGAAUGCAACAGUCACUCCCGGUUUUGGUGGAUUCGGUGGCACAAACUUUAUGCUUGGACAGCCGCAACAGCAGCCGGCUCCCAUUUCGGCAGACGAGGCGUUUGCCCAGUCCAUUCUUAAUGUGUCCAUUUUCGGUGAUGAUCGGGAUAAAACUGUAGCAAAAUGGAACUAUUUGCAGGCUACGUGGGGCACCGGAAAAAUGUUUUACUCCCAGAGCGCGGCGCCGUUGGAUAUCACCCCGGAGAACCUAAUGUGCCGUUUUAAGGCCAUUGGUUAUAGUCGUAUGCCGGGAAAGGAUAACAAACUGGGGCUAGUUGCACUGAACUUCUGCAGGGAACUCUCUGCCGUCAAGCCGCACCAGCAGCAAGUGGUGCAAUCCCUUCACAGCCUUUUUGGCAGCAAACCCAACAUGCUGGUUCAAAUUGACUCUAUCAAGGAGCUGGAGAACAAAAAGUGCCAGAUUGUCAUCUAUGUGGAAGAAAAGUUGCAGCAUGCGCCGAACGAAAGCAAGCGGAUAUUAGCCACCGAACUUUCGAACUACCUGAAUCAGGCAUCUCUAAAGACCCAAUUGAACAAUCUCGGAAUUGUGGAAGCCUUGGCUCUGGUGUUGCCCGACGAGGAUCAAUUGAAGGAAUACCUUGAAAACCCACCCAGAGGCGUAGAUCCGCGUAUGUGGCGCCAGGCCAACUCGGACAAUCCAGAUCCCAGCAAAUUUAUACCAGUUCCCAUGGUGGGUUUCAACGACUUGAAGUGGCGCGUAAAAUGUCAGGAACAGGAAGCGGACACGCAUGCGCUGUACAUGAAGAAAGUGGAAGGCGAACUGACGACAUUAAGACAACGACACGCCACGGCCACAGCCAAGAUUCUAGAGCACAAGCGGAAAUUAGCCGAGCUAGGUCAUCGCAUACUCAGGAUCAUCGUGAAGCAGGAAUGCACCCGCAAGGUAGGCACUUCCCUGACACCAGAAGAGGAGGCUAUGCGCACCAAGCUGCAAAACAUGCAGGCCGUCGUGUCCGCUCCCACCCAGUUCAAGGGCCGGCUCAGUGAACUUCUCUCCCAGAUGCGCAUGCAGCGCAACCAGUUCGCAGCUAACGGAGGAGCCGAGUAUGCCAUCGAUAAAGAGGCCGAGGAUGAGAUGAAGACGUUCCUGACCAUGCAGCAGCGCGCCAUGGAGGUGCUGAGCGAGACCGUCAAUAAGGACCUGAAGGCCUUAGAUGUUAUAAUUAAAGGAUUGCCGGAACUGCGGCAGUCCUGAUACGAAAAGGGCUGAUUGAUGAAAUGUUGAAUAAAUCCCAUAGAUGUUGAACAACACA